AUGGCGAACCACGGCACCGCCGCUCUUCUGAUCGCGUCUCUCCUCGUGGCGGUCGCCGUCGCCGACGCGAGGCUCACCGUGCACCGCGACGCGCUUGGAGGUUACGUGGCGAUGGAUGCCGCGACAGUGCCGGCGCUGACUUGCAGCAAGGUGCACGGGGUGCAGGUGGGCGAAACGUGCCUCUCCGUGGCGCAGACCGCGGGGCUGACCCAGAAGCAGUUCCUCGGCUUCAACCCCAACAUCAACUGCGAGAAGGUCUUCGUCGGCCAGUGGGUCUGCCUUGCUGCCACCUCCCCUUGAUCACUUUGCUAGCUCUCACCCUGCAUGCGUACAACGAUCGACCGUGCUAUGACUACGAAUAAUGAGGUUCCUCGUACGUUUACCUCCACACAAGCCAAACAUGCUAAGGU